ACAAGAAAGUUGGGUUAAGGGAGUUCAGGCUGUGUUAAAAAAAUAAAUGUGGUCAUAUCAAAUAUUGACUUUCAAACUUGUUAGCAUUGCACAAAUUCAGUUUUUGCCUGAAUGUAUAUUUUAAUUAAUCAAUGCAUGUAUCUUAUCAAAAUACAAAGAAAUGAGGCGUGGCUAAAGACUUUUAAAGAUUACUGCAAAAAGAAAUAUUUUUAUUGACUUGCUGGUUUUUAUUGGUUAACCCUUAAUAACCUCGUAAUCCUGAUGACCUUUGUUAUCCUAAUUCAAAAUUUUUCUUUUGUAAAUUUACUUCGUAACUGCUGAUUAGCCUCGUCCAUGUGCAUGUGUCACCUUAGCACUUGACAUUAUUCUUGUGUCCUUGUCCUUUAAAAGAAAAUAUCAUCUUCCUGGUGGAGUUCAGCGUGUGUAUAUCCGCUAACAAAGACUGCCUAAGAAAGGCGACAGGACAUGACAGUAGUUUUCAGGGUGACAUAUUUAAAAUGGAUUAUAUCCUGGCUGAGACUUCUGGUCUUUUCAUGUGGGUGUCAGGAGAUUGGCAGUAAACAGAGUGUGACACUGAUUUUAAAAAGAAAUUGUCUGCUCAACCUGAAACUCUGACAAAACCAAAUUAAAACUUCCUGUUUACUGUGAUGGAAAAUGUAGCCUGGAGUGUUGUUUUCACAUUACUUGCAGCGCCUGAAGAGGGGGGAAAAAAAUGAACUCUGGUAUCUCCAGCUGUAAUUAUUUUUGAAUUAUGUGCAUAUGUAAUAGGAAUUUUUAGGGGGUUUAGGUAGAACUCGGUAGCACGACAAUGCACAGACUCACUUUAAUCAUGAUCUAAACCUUCAAAUCCUACAGUUUGAAUGGGCCACAUAUCAAUCCUAACAUCACUGUGCCCUCUUGAAGACAGAUAAAUACACACACACAGCAGCUGUAGCUAAGUUUAGCUUCCAUCGGGUCACAGUGGAAUAUUCAGUUUAGAGAGAAACAGUGGUGUAGAUUUAACCACCAUAUGGGAGAAUCUGACAUUAUGUGGGAAAGAUUAAAAACACUUUGUAGUUUCAAAAAAAAAAGGGAAAAAAAGGCGUGAGUCUGGUUUUUUUUUUUCUCUUUGUGAGUAGCCCGUGUGUUGAAUUGUGAACUGGUGUAACCCUUCCAUAAAACAAACACACCCACGCGCACAAAUACACACUCACCUCGGAGCGUGAGCCAGCAUCUAUUCAGAGACGGCGAUCAUAACUCUGAGCAAAAUGGACCCUGCAAGAGCUUGUAAAGUGUGCAAUAACGUGCUGUUUGCAUACUGAUGUGCAUUUGUUUGUGUAUUAGAGAAAGAGUGGCACCGCAGAGUAGCUCAGCAAUAAUGAGAUAACAGUAAACACGUUAGUUAACUUGUAGCUUGAUGCUUCAUUAUCUCUCCAUUCUUUACGCCCACCAUCGCCUCUAUCCCUGCAUAAAAAUAAUAGCAUGACAUCUAUCUGUGUGAUACUGACAGGCUGCAGGUCAUAAAAAGGUUAAAUGCCUCCCAAAAGGGCACGGAUAGCUCUAAUACCAAAAGCCAUGAAGUGCUUGUGACACUUGACAAAUCUUUGACAGCCUGGCAAAACUUCUGCAGGUUUGAUAUCUACGUUGCGCCGCAUCUGCCGAGUUGUGUUUGUACUACUAUUCCUGUCACCAUGAGAGUGCAGAUUGGUGGCAUGCCCUGGAAUCUUGGUCCCAGACUGUAGCAGCUCUAUUUACCAAUGAGUUCAUCCACUGGGAUAGACACUAAAACCCUGCCAGGCUCUCUCUAUGUCUCUUUGGGUGUGGGGUCAGGGUGUUUAUCCAUGCAUCUCCAUGCUCGCUGGUUGGUUGGUGUGUAUGAUUCAUGCGUGUACUUGGGUGAUACUCCCUCUUGGAAACGGAGGAAAGGGCAGCAGACAAACACAAAACCAACAGAGCCAGGGUAUCAGGGCAAGAGACAUGAGGGCUUUGGGAUGGUUCAUGUUAAAGUGCCAAAAAGGGGGCGGGCUGUAGCAUUGUCUGUGUUUGCAGGGGGCCAUUAUUAACCUCCGUAUCAUGGUGUCACAUGCUCGCUGCUGAAGGCAGAGAAGGACAAACACACAGAUGGAGAAAGCUUGCGUAAGGAGACACACUCUUUCCUGCGCCUCUCAUUCUUGCUUUGCAACUAAUAUCCAAUUCUUUUUACAUUUUUUUGGUGCCGGCUUGUCAGCAACCUCUUUUUUUGACUUCACUCAUCAGCUUUUCCUGUGCUUGCUGUGUUUAAUGUUUCUUCACCGCGGCUUCCUGGCUCCUUCCUGACAAAUCUUUUCCUUUAACUUGCUUUCACUUUUUUCAAAAGUUUCCUUAGCUUCCUUCCAUCAUUUCCACUCUCUUGUCUGCUGUCUUUUGGAUGGAUAGCUACUCUGUCCUCUACAGUUCUUCCCACAGAACCGGACUUCUCUCUGGCUUCCAGCGCCUUCGCUCACAGAGGAAGAUGUGUGAUGUUGUCUUGGAGGCUGGCGGGAUAUCUUUUCCCUGUCAUCGCGCCCUUCUAGCCAGCUCCAGUGACUAUUUUUGGGCCCUUUUUGGAGAGACUACUGCAGAGAGAUUAGCAGGCUCCAUUAGCCUCCCAGCGCUAACACCAGAGGGCUUAGAUGUCAUUCUGGACUUCCUGUAUUCAGGUUGGCUCAGCAUCUCACCCUCAACACUUCCUGUUGUCCUGGAAACAGGCAGGUACUUGCAGGUGGUAACAGCUGUGGCGAUAUGCGAGCGUUACAUGAUUGAUGGUUUAAAUACCAAGAACUGCUGUGACUAUGCUAACCUGGCUGAGCGCCACGCCCUCUCAAAUGCACUUGAGGCUGCCAAUCAAACCAUUGCCAUGGAGAUGGGCAGCUUGAUACAAGAAAGCAGGGACGAUCUCCUGACGUUGAAUAUCGAAUCACUGUUGGCAGUUCUGGAUGCUGAUGAGAUACCUGGUGUUAAGGAGGUGGAGCUCAUAAAGCUGGUUCUGGAUUGGCUGGAUGAUAAUGGGCCCCUCACACUCCUGAAAUCAAAUCUUUUGUUGAGUCGCCUGCGCUUUGGAUUGGUCCCCCCGUCUGACCUCGCAAAUAUCAGCCAUGCCCACAGAGCCAUGGCCACACCUUUAAUAAGGAGUCAGCUGACACGAGCAUUUGAGUACCACAGGCUCAGUUCAACUCAGCCCAUCAGGCAGAGCCGGCAGACGACACUUAGAGCAUCACCCAAUUGUGUGCUUCUUGUGGGUGGCGGGUCCAGCACUGAUUGGCCAGAAAAGCAGGUGUUGGCGUUCGAUCCAAGAAGGAGGAGGUUUUCAUCUUUGACUUGUGUUCUCCCACUGAGACUAAGAAAUCCCUGCGUGUGCUCAGUGGGAGGUUUCCUCUUUGUGAUCGGGGGAGAUGAAGUGAAAGAGGGAGAUGAAGAUGAGAAAAGGUCUGUUACUGUAGCAACAUCCAAUCAGGUGUGGCGGUACGAUCCUCGUUUUAGUUGCUGGGAGCAGGUGGAGUCCAUGCUGGACAGGAGGGCACAGUUCACCUGCUGCGUGGUGGAGGAUGUUAUUUAUGCUUUGGGCGGACGACACACAAGACCAGACACCAACACACAUGCCUCUGUAGCUUCUGUGGAAUUUUAUGACAUGGCCACAGGAGCGUGGAGGAAAGGGCCACCAAUGCCUCAGACACUUUACGGCCACGCCUCUGCCGUGCUUGACAACAGCAUCUAUGUGUCAGGUGGUGUUCCUGGUAACUAUAGUUACACUCAAGAUGAAAGCAGGGAGAGCAGCAGAGAGGUCUUUUUCUGGGAUCCUAAAGGCAGAGUCUGGGAAAAGAGGGCAUCCAUGUCCAUCGCCAGGUUCAGUCAUCGCUUGGCAACUGCUCAUGGCUACAUCUAUGCACUGCUGGGGAUGUACGAACCCUUCUGUGAUAUCGAACGAUACCAUCCGCGGUCAGAUCACUGGAUGCGACUCAAGCCGCUUCUCACUGGCUCCUUCAACUACGGCAUGGUAUCCAUGUCAUCUGGGAAUCUGCUGGUUUUCGGAGGGAGAAGGUGGAGUAAUGGGCAGGAGGUGGUUGUGAAGAGUGUGCUGGAGUAUGAUACAAAGAAAGAUUGCUGGAGAGAGAUCUGCCAGCUUCCCAGACCUCUCACUGGGACUGAAUGUACGCUGUUGCCUCUGCCAGACUAAAGAGCACAAAAAGUGAGAAACGUAUUUUACAAGUGCUGAGAGCUGGUUCCUGAAGUGAGAAUUUCACUUUGAGUGGGUGUAACAUGGUCUCAAAAUGCUGAGCAGAUGCUUUAAAAUCAACCACAAUGUAGUACAUUUUACCCCCAUUUCCCCCAGGCUGUUCAAACUCUAGGUUUUGGAAAUUAAAACACAGAAAUAAGGAUAUUGCUCAUAGUUGAGCAAUAGUCUUUGGGGCCUGUGCAGGAAACUAGGUUGGGGGAGAUGAAAUGUUUACCACCACGCAGCCCUCAACAGCUUCCUCAGUUUUAAUGCUUUUGUUUUUUUAAUAGUAUUUCUGGUCUUUUUCCAGUCCUGUUUCCCUGGAGAAAAACAGAUGUGUAUUUUCCCUGUACACCUAGGGGAAAUAUAUCAAACAACUAGUUUUCUCCUACUAACAGCUAGCCUUAAGCGUGUUGUCUACACUUAUUUGCAUUUCUAUUGAAUAGUAAAAUGAAAUGAUACCACUCAUAGCACUGAUAAACACAUGGAGGUGUACAGCAACAAAGCAGUUUGGUUAGCUUAGCAUAAGGCACACAGCCAAACAUAGUAUAUCAUUUUUAACACUUUCAUUUCUCCAUUAAUUAAAGAGAUGUAGCCUAAGGUUUCAUUUAGUUCAUUUUAAGCUAGCUGUUUUUUCUGUUUCCAGUAUUUAUUUUAGGCUAGGCUAACCUUCUUCAAGAUAAUCCAAAUGUUUCUGAUCUAGAGUUAUAUAAAAAUCCCAAACAAAGCUCAUAUCUUUUUCCUUAAUAGAAACCCUAAAGGUUUUAAAUAUUUUGUGUAAUAGGUGGAUAAAGGCUUUUCUCUGGUUUAAGAAACCUAGCAACUACUUUUUUGUAAGAAUCAUUUGUAAUUUCUGAACGUAUACACUCAACAAAGACUUUUUUAGAAACACCUUUAUAAUACUGGGUUCCAAUCCCUUGUGCCUUCAUAACGUUUUUCCUAAUGGCAUAGAUUCAACAAGGUGUUGGAAACAUUCCUCAGAGAUUUUGGUCUAUAUUGACAUGAUAGCAUCAUACAGUUGCUGCAUAUCUGUUGGGUUCAGGUCCAUGAUGCUAUAAUUGACUGAUUAGGUAUUGCAAUAACAUAACAUUUGAACAUGGGUACUUGAAAAAGUGGCAAGUGAGUGUAUAAUCUUCAUAAACCCCUAUUUUUUUAUUUACAAAUUUAUUUUAAUUUAAUUUAUCUAUUUAUUAGGUUUGGUUCUAAUCCUGCUGUCAAGUCUUUAUUUAACAUUAAACAUUGCACCAUAGAUUAGAAAACUGAUCAGUUACAUGUGUAAGCUAUUUAUGACCAGGAGUAUCAAGGGACACAGUUGGCGGUGAGCACACUGAGUAACCUCUAAUGUUUAAGUGUAUGAAGUGUAAGUUUCAGUGCUCUAAUAUGUGUCUGUCAGUUUAGAAACAAACAGCAAGGGCACACUGAGCAGUAACACAAAUAUAUUACUGGCCACUUGUGGUGAUCAAAUCAUAUAAUUAACAAUUUCUGUAGCGUUAGACUCACUAAUCUUGUUUAUAGCAGCAGCAAUGUUGUGUUUUACUGUAUAUAAUCUAUAUUCUUUAUAGAUCUUUAUCAUAUUAUCUCUGAUUGGAAUAGCUGGUCAAUUUUGUGCAGUCAAAUGAUUAAUCAAAUGGCCCUUUUAUGUGAGCUAACACUAAGAAAGCUUGGCUCUGUUAAACUUGGCUAUGUUGAACUUCUCAAACCAGAGCUCUUUUCGCCCUCUACAGUGGCUCUCUGAGCUUCAACAAAAAGUACAUGAAUAUGAAAAUGGUGUUUUAAAAGUUAAAAGCAGUUAAUCUUAGUUAAGUUUUAAUCUUCUGUUAACUAAAAAGUACAUCACACUUAAUAUCUAUCACCUGGCUUAUCCUUUUACUUUAACUCAACCUCAAUAGCAAUGCCUAGCAUGGAUAUAUAUACAUACACAUAGUCCUGAGUUUCCCCACCACUUAUUGGAUUCCAAAACCAAAAGCCAAGUGGAAAACAGAGAAUUUAAAAUACAGAAAUAAAAAUUAAAAUGUAACAAUUUGUGGACAGAUUUCUUUGCUUUUAACCCCCAGUGCUGCUGGCUUACCAAUAGCAUUGAUCUGCAGACUUUAAGUUAAUAUUAUUUCUACAAUUUGUAAAUGAUUAAGCAACAAAGUUUGAUUAAUUUCAAUGAUCACAGGUUGAAUAAUGAAACUCACAUGUACUCCAGGUGGCAUGGUUUUACAGCAUAAAUAGAAAUACUCACUCAAAGAGGAUUUUUUAGUUCAAUUCAUAAUUUUAUUUAUACAGCGCCAAAUCACAACAACAGUCACCUC